GGACAGGGGACAGUCCAGGUCAAUCGCUCUUUGUUCUCAGUUACAGGCGAUGGCGGAAGCUGAAGAGGGCGUCCCAGAUGAGGACGGCUGGGUGAAGGUGACCCGCAGGGGCCGACGUCCCGGGAUCCCACGGACUGAGGCAGGAAACCUACGGCUGAUCCAACGGGAGAGACAGAAACGGGCUCAGAGAGAGCUGCUCAACUUCUACAGCUGGCAGCACCGAGAGGCCAAACGGGAACAUAUCGCUCAGCUUCGGAGGAAAUUUGAGGAGGAUAAACAGAAGAUUGCUCUAAUGAGAGCCCAGCGCAAAUUCAAACCCUAUUGAUGGUCUCACAGCUUUUCUGAGCUUGACAUUGUUGUGGGGACAGCUGUUGGUCAUUGAGGGGAUGGGGAGGGGCUCGUUGGCUGUGUUUCUGAAAGUGGAACCUCUGAGUCUGUUCUCAACUGCAAUAAACUUCAGUAUUUCAGAGAUGGAACUCAGUGGUUGCCAUCUGUCAGGCCAGUCAACUGUGGAGGGGUCGGGGGUGACGGAUUGGGGUUUAAUACACGGUGAAUUCUACAGUCAGCCACCAGCCUUGUAUAUUCUCUUUCUCAUUUGUACUGCUGACAAGCAAUCUGUUCCACAUCCUCUGGAUACCUUCUCCUCUGUCCAUCUUCUAUCCGCCUCCCCCUCUCUCCCUAUUUAUUUCAGAUCCCCCUCCCCCUCCCCCUCCCCCUCCCCCUUUUCUGAAGAAGGGUCUAGGCCCAAAACAUCAGCCUUCUGGCUCCUCUGAUGCUGCUUGGCCUGCUGUGUUCAUCCAGCUUUACACCGUGUUAUCUCAGAUUCUCCAGCAUCUGCAGUUCCUACUAUCUCAGCAGCGAUCAGAAUGGUUUUGGAUCAAUUUCAAUUCACUUGAUUUGAGUGGGAGUUUUCCCUCUGUGAGAGUUACCUGCUGAUCAAAAUGUUUCCUCUUCACAUUGUGUGUUCUGAAUGUUUCAGUGUUUUGUUCCAAUAAGAUAUGGUUUAGAGUCCCUAAGAUUUUUAUAAAUAAAUCCAGUCAUUUCUUAAA